GUUCCCGCGCCGCUUGGAGCACAGGCGGGGACAGGCUCAGAGAGCCCCGGCCGCUUCCCUGCCGGCUAUCGCAUCGCAUGCAACUAGUGGGAUCCUCCUCCUGCUGCCAGGAGCAGCCUGGUGCUCCCUCCAGAGCAGAGCCAGCUGGGCAGCCCCCAAGAAAGGCUCAGUUCGGAGCAGAGGGGGCGCGGGGGCUUGCAAAGGGAGGGGGGGACCUCCGCUGCGGCUGGCUCCCAACUAUGCAGGCGGCCGCCCAGCGGCAUCGGCGGCUGCAGGCGGGCGGCGGGCAGAGGCAGCCGCCGCGUGCAGUGUGAGCGGAGAGCUCGGCUCCAUUCCCAAGGAUGCUGGGGGGCGAUGCCUGGCGGCAGGGAGGACGAGAUUUGCCAGAAAGCGCUGCAGCUGCUGGCCGAGCUCUGCUCCAGCGGGGCGGUGGAGAACGAGAACUGCCUGGAUUUCAUCUACUACUUGCGGGACAGAGCCCGACCCCGGCUCACGGACUCAGAUAUCUCAGUAAGCUUGCUGUCCUUAGUUGUCACAGCCUGUGGACUUGCUCUCUUUGGUGUGUCUCUGUUUGUGUCCUGGAAGCUUUGCUGGAUCCCUUGGCGAGAACGUGGCCUGCCAUCUGGGAGCAAAGACAACAAGCAGGGAUCGCUGAACUAUACAGACACAGAGACCAAUGACCAUGAAUACAGUGAGGAUUACCUGGGGCAGCCCACUUCCUACCCGGAGUCCUCCCUGAAGAUUAGCCACACUUCCCCUGAUAUUCCAUUAGAUGCUCAGGCAGGGACCAAGGAGAAUUGUGUGCACAAUGUCCGAAUGCAUCGCCAAAUCACAGAACCAACCUCUUCUGCUCGGCACAAUUCAAUCCGAAGACAGCUCAAUCUCUCGAACCCUGACUUCAACAUCCAGCAGCUUCAGAAACAGGAGCAGCUGACAGGGAUUGGACGCAUUAAGCCAGAGUUGUAUAAGCAAAGAUCAGUGGAUACCGAUGAUGGCCGGAGGAAUAACAGCAAGGCCUGUGGGAAACUCAACUUCAUUCUGAAAUAUGAUUGUGAUUUAGAGCAGUUGAUAGUGAAGAUUCACAAAGCUGUCAACCUGCCAGCAAAGGACUUUUCUGGAACUUCAGACCCUUAUGUGAAGAUCUAUUUGCUUCCAGAUAGAAAAACAAAACAACAGACUAAAGUGCAUAGAAAGACCCUAAACCCAGUGUUUGAUGAGGUUUUUUUAUUUCCCGUUCCGUACAAUGAUCUGACCACAAGGAAACUCCACUUCUCUGUGUAUGACUUUGACAGAUUCUCCAGGCAUGACUUGAUUGGCCAAGUGAUAGUGGAUAAUUUUUUAGAUUUGGCAGACUUUCCCAGGGAAAGUAAUAUUUGGAGGGAUAUUGAGUAUGUCACCAAUGACAAUGUGGAUCUUGGUGACUUGAUGUUCUCACUCUGCUACCUUCCAACGGCUGGCAGAUUAACUAUUACCAUAAUAAAGGCUAGGAAUUUAAAGGCAAUGGACAUAACAGGAGCAUCAGAUCCCUACGUGAAGGUUUCUUUAAUGUGCGAAGGACGGCGGCUAAAGAAAAGGAAAACGUCCACCAAGAGGAAUACCCUCAAUCCUGUUUACAAUGAAGCCAUAGUCUUUGAUGUCCCUCCGGAAAACAUUGACCAAAUUAACUUGUCAAUAGCAGUUAUGGAUUAUGACCGUGUAGGUCACAAUGAGGUCAUUGGAGUGUGUCAAAUAGGCAACGAUGCAGAGAGCCUAGGCCGGGACCACUGGAAUGAAAUGCUUUCGUAUCCUCGGAAACCGAUUGCUCAUUGGCAUCCCCUUGCAGAGGGCCCUAUUCAGCAGAAAUGUUAUGCGGGCCUUCUGCACAUGGAUGGCUGCCGAAGAGGCUUCCUCACCCUUUUAACCUAUUCAGCAGAAAUUUGGCAUUCCUGUUGAUCUCUUUCUUAGCCAUUUCCUCAGGGGCCAUUCUGCAGAGAGUCCAGAGGGGUACAGACAUCCUUCUAACCCCUCCCCCUCAUUCCUUUCCCUCCCCAGGGAAUACUAAUCCUGAUUCAGGAGACAAAAAAAAAAAAAAAAAAAAAUCAUAGACAUAGCUAUAUCUUGAUUUCUGAAAGUUACCACCAUUUAGCUCUAAUCUAGGCAAAGGUACUGUUAUCCACAUACAACAGUAAUAGUGGUCUCUACUGUAACCUAGGAAUUACUUUUAUUGUUACAUGUAUUGUUUAAAUUCAGAUGGCAAUGCAUGUUCACACCCAUUUCCAGAGGCUUAUGGAUAGAAAUAUGGUAGCCUGUUUAACAACUCGUAUGCUAACCCUCAGCGCAGAAGGAUGGGAAGGCCUGCCAUAUUGAUAUUUCUAGCCAGCAGCCACAAUGCCCAUUAGUUAUCCAAAGAUAUGAUUAGUGGGCAGCCUCUCUAUGUAUGUCAUAUUGAUUAGAAUGUAAUUGGGGAUGCUUACAGUGAUAUGGCAGUUUUGCUAAGUUAUAGGUAUCAACCAUAGAUGGCUUCAGUAGACAGUUGGCAAGUACCCGGAAGCCCUUGUACAAUGAUAGCAGUAUCCUACUGGGACUGCAUCUCCAUGACUGAUCAUGUUUAGUAAUGGGUCCCACUGCAGUUCAGUCCGCAUGUCUGGGACCUCUGAGUGCCCACAAACUGCUUGAAUGAAUGGAGUGGAAGAUUGCACCUGGAAAUAGUCCAAACAAGGUGGUGAAGUUCAGCACACAAAGCUCUGGGCUCACUGAGAAGCUGAAGACAUGACCAGUGGCACUUUAUUCCUUUUCAUGACAAUGCAAGAGCCAAAACUGUGCUUUGCUCUGAUUGAGCUGGGCUUGGAAAACAGAGCACCUUGCUCUUAACUGUAGUCAAACAAUGACACGAGUGGCUUGACAGAACCCUCAUGGAGCAUUGUAAACAAGCAUGACAAUGUCUAUUAGCAGAGGUUAUGCAUGCCCUUACGUCAAACCUGUGUUUCCCUCUUUGAGGGCAAUGAGCUGCAGAAGUCUUGUUCAUAGAAAAGAGAGGGCUGUCAGAAUCUAAUUGACAUCACUAUUCUCUCAGCACAUGCUCAGUUGAGUCCUUCAGUGGUCAUUAACGUGAGUCACUUUACAUCUACCUGAGCUACAAAGAGGCAUAUGUCUGUAAUUCCCAAGAAUCGAGUGAGGGAGGGUGCCCAAAGCAUCCAAGCUGUGCAGAGAAAUAUUUAUACAAACAACAUAUAAUUUUGGGUCCUGAAUCAGGAUUAGGCUCAGUGAUAGCUGAGCUUUGGAAGCUUCUAGAGCCUCUGUGGCCAGAGCCAUAAGACUCUGACUAUUUGCUGAAUAGGACCCUCAGUUUUCAAACGAAUGUUUCAACUAUGUGAAGAGUAGUUUGUUUAGAUAGUCUAACGGUAUCCGCGAGUAACAGUAACAGCCAGAGGCUUUGGUGGUACCUACGAAUUACUGGUACAGCCACUAGUAUUGCCCAAAUUCAGAUGGUAAGCCACAUUCAUGCCCAUUUCCAGAGAUUCAUGGAAGUAGUUUGGUUUUAACAGCAAGCCUGAUAGCAAUGGAAAUCUGCAAGCAGUGUGAUUUGCAGCUGGGUGCAGCAACCAGUUUGAUUAAUAUAUUCAAUAUUUUUCAAACAAACAAACAAAAAAGAGUGCUCUGCUGGAUAUUCUUGCAAAUACAUUUCUUCAAGAUUGAUUGUCAUUAUACCUUUAUAUUGUGGUCAUGCCUCGAGGUCCCAGUAAGGAUUGGUGUCCCCUCUCACCCUGUACAAAAACCCAGGUUAACAUGGUUCUUGCCCCAAAGACCUUACACUCUAAGAAAUUAAAAAAGGAGCUACUGUCUGUAGAGCAAGAAUGAGACAGGUACAGCAACCUUAGUGACACGAUGUUCCCUCAGCAAGAAGGAGAAUAAGUAGGUUUGUGUUUGUAUUUUAUGUAGCCUGUAAAUCCUCAUUGCUCUUUGCAGAUCAGUUUUCAACAGCUGCCUCAGUUAUAUAGGUAACAUUGCAUAAGACAGAUUUGUUCACCUCUGUAUAAAACAGGUGCAGGUCACAGGUGGCUCUGCCCCAUAACACCCUCACAGUUGUCAUUUUAAAUUAAUUGACCAAUGCUUAAUGCAUAGGAGCUUUCUCCAUAAUUUACACAGGAAAUAACUGGAGUACCUUAGAUGCCACUGUGUGGUAACUGCUGACAAAUGUUGAAAGGUGAUCACAGUACUGGGCAGUACCACACUAAGAAAUCCACAUCCAGGAACAAGAGCCACUGGGAUAAAAAGCUACUUUCACUGUUUCUUCAAUUGUGCAUGUAAUUAACUGUCUAAAGCCUUUCCAGCAUAGUUUAAUUUCAAGGAUUUAGUAAAAGCCCUAAUGUUAAAACAUACACAUGCAAACUUGUGUACAUUUGUCAGAUCAAAAUACCUGAUGCAUAGUCACACUUUCUUUUGUGUCCACAUACCAUCUUGCAUGUUCAUUAGGCAUUUGGAUUUGCAAUUGAGCACAUGCAAAAACGAGUAGGUAGUCUUGAGCACAUGCUUACAAGGCUGGCCCAAAAUUUGCAAAAAGUGUCAGUCUGUUUCUGUCUUGUUACUUUCAACAAAAGCUGUCUGAGCAGCUCCUUGGUAUCAGCAAGCCUGUGGCACAGUGACAGUAUUCUAGUCUGUCAUGCAUGAACCUCAUUUCAGGCAUGUCCUCUUUAUUCAAACAAAAAAACCCCAUGGGGGUCAAUGAAUUUGGUCCUGUAAGAAAAAUAUUUUGGACAAGUCAGUGCCGGCAUCCCUGCUUGGAAUGCAAAGGAGACAGGUAUGUACUUACCCACUGCAACUACUAUCCCCAGUGUAGUGCCAGGAUUGGUAGCUGCAGUGGAAAGGGAAACACCUGUACUGCAGAGAGAGAGAGAGAGAGAGAGAGAGAGAGAGAGAGAUUGAUUUUCAGGAUGGAUAUGGAAGUUCUCACACAGCUUCUGCAUCUCCAGCAUGUUAAAGGGGCACCUUUAGAGACAUAAAAGUUAUACAGUCAGUAUUGCCUGCUCUCAUUAUUUUAUCACCAUUUUCACACUAUUUGGUGUUUCACUUACAGCCCCAGCUGCUGGGAUCUAGAAAGCUGAGAUUCGCAUGCAGUCUCAUUUCCUGGGGAGGGUGUUUCUAGCUGGCUCAGUCAGGGAGAAAGUGCUUGGAAACUUGACCUGAGUGCACCCUAAAAGGUUCAGAAACCAGAAGGCAAAGAAAAAGAAUCCAACAUUUAUUUAUUUUAACUCUCAUGAUUUUUUGGUGCCCAACUCAGGAUGCCUGAACAGUUGGGGGUGGCAGUACUAUAUAAAAGAUGCUCACAGUAGGUUAGCACCAUACUGUGAAUAUUAACAUUCUUUCUUUUUCAUAAUUGGUGACACACCAUUUAUAAUUUCUGUUUACCUCUUGGACCACCUUGGACAAUGAAAUCUACUAGAUCAGUCAAUUUCAUGUUCUGGUUCUCCCGCAUUAGCACAAUGCUAUUUUGUUGGGGGUUCCAACCCUGCAGGGCAGCAUUAUACUGGGUGGAGUACCCCAGAGAUCCUGUUUAAAUUCUGCCACUGAACUAACAGGAGAGUUGGGGUGACUACCCAUGACCCUGACAGUCAACCUCUUUUUGAAACACUGCUCCCAGAGGUAACUUGUCACUAGGGCCCUCUUUUUAAAAUUUUGUAUAUUUGCCUUGGAAUGGAACAAAUUGCUUCAAAUGGAAGGUACAGUAAUUUCCAAAAUACUUCCUCAAGAGAGAAAACUCCCUCCCCAAACACCUUACUGCCACUUCAGAUUACACUGUACAUUUGUGCGAUGCUACUUUAUACAGUCAGCAUAGUUUUCAGGAACACUUCCAUAACAUAAAUUUGAUCACCAAGAGAUUAUGAGUGCAAUCCUGGUCCCACUGAAGUCCAUGGGAGUUUUGCACCUAUUGCCUCACUUCCUUGGUAGAGGAGAGCAUUUUUGUUUAAAGAGGAAAUUAAAAGAAUAAAUAUUUCAAUCCUUCCAAGACACUCAUGUUGUUGCAGACUAGAAGGGAAUUUUUGUGGAAGUUCCAUGUUAAUAUAUUGACACCACAUUGCUGCUGCACAUGAAUUUUAAAAUUAAAAAAAAAACCACACCCUCUCUUUUCACUAACUUAUAAAGCAAAAAAACGUUUCUAUUAUAUAGUUUUAUAAACUUUUUUCCCUCUUUUCCUAAACAAACCAUAAAUGUGGGUCUAAAGUACCUGGCAGUGAAUGAGUGCAUAUACAACUCCGCUGCUGGGGCAGCAGGUGCUUCCAGAGCAGAAAUCCGGCAUGUGGCUGAGGAGACGGACGUGUCUCAAGAUGAUGGUACCAGUGCAUGCACAUUUCAGCAUUCUUUCCAGCUGAUCCAUGGAUCAGCUAAGAGCAGUAAACAUGAAAAAGGUAAUGACAGCCUGUUAGACAAGGGCCUGAUCUAACUCCCACUGGAGAAAACAGAGUCCCACUGGCUUCAGCAGAAGUUGGAUCAAUCCCACAGAGAGGCAUGAAAGGAGAGAGAUCCAAAGAAUUACAGGACGACUAAGUGGAUGAGAGUCAUUCUCCAUUCAGGGGUGGGUAGCACUGAAAAACGGGUACAUUUCCUUCAGGGGAAUUUAGAAGGAGUUUUAAACCUAGGAUUAUAUAGACCCAUAUUAUCACACAAGAUAUAAACCAAGAGGUACAAGAGAGAUAUUUCACACCAACACCACUCAGCAGUUUUAAAACAUAAGGGGGCCUAUUUGCUAUAAAAACAAAAUUGCUGGAAAUGCUCUUAAAAACUUAAAAUAUCAACUGAUUUAAAAAAAAAAAUCAGGAUUUUUAAAGUUUUUUGUUUGUUUGACCCAAUUAGAAAUACAGUGCAAUUUAGUGUAUUGUUAAAACAUUGUGUUUCAACUGGGGGGGCGGGGGGAAGAGGGGAAACAGAAGAACUUAAACUAGGCUGAAAUCAACAGAAUUGUUCUCAAUUAAAUGUUCUUACCUUCUGUUUAGAACAAUUCACUGUAAAAUGACGACACCUUAGAAUAAAACUAUAAAACUACACCUUAGAAUCAAAUAGGGAAAAAAUGGCAUUAUUAUAAGGAAAAAAAUGUAGAGUGAGCAAUCCAUAGUAUAGUAGAAUUUACUAGAAGCACUUGUGCAGGUGAAAAGGGAAGCAGAACGGGAUAUGUAACAGAUGUUUAAAGCUUUCUCUUUCUGCUGUAAUUAAUGAAGGUCCUUGCUUGCAUCAUAAUUCUGUUCUGAAG